UUUCAGUCGACUUGCAGAAAUAACAAUAAAGAAUCAGGUAGGUGUCAUGAGUGGUGAUCGAUAGGCCAACCAUCCAUGAUUAUAUUUACAUUAAAUUUUAAUCGAUUGCAAGUGAUGGUAGCGCAGCGAUCGGCAAAGCAGGCGGGUGGGGUGCACCGAAGUGUCCGGCCUGGUCAUGAUUUAUUGUACUGUGAAGCAUUUCGAGUCGGAGGGCAUCUCAAUUUUGUUUUCUCUCUAAUCUUUAAUCCUCGCAAAAACACGAGGGUCUGUGGUCCCAGCAGCGUCACUACAUUCAUGGGAGCUGCUAUACCUGUGUCGCUGGAGAAAGGCCCACCAUGAACGCCCUUAUGAAAGACUCAACAUCCUAGCACCUGUCAUGUAUCACUAAAAGGCCAUUUAAGACUGAAGUACUCCAUAAAUGAGGGGGAAGUAUUAAAUUGGAACUAUGCUGAAAAAGGAAAAGGUUCGACCUGGCUACUGGCAUGUGUCUGAGACUCCGGAGGGGAGGAUUCAAGACUGGUUGACCCAAUGGGACAAGGGUCACUGGGACUUCUACUACACAGAGCCCGGUCCGAAUCUGGUGAAAUACUUUGAAAAAGUCACUGAUGGACGGAAAGGUCUGAAAAUCCUCGUUUCCCACUGUGCAACGACCUAUGACCUCAUCUGGUUCUGUGAGCGAGGACACACUGUGGUUGGUGUCGAUCUGGCCGAGAGCGCCGCACAACGGAUCUUCAAGCAGUACAAGCAGAAACCUAUCAUUGAAGACGUCCCCAGUAUCAACGGAAAACUGUACAAGAAUGAGACUGGUACCUUCAAAUUUUACGCUGGCAAUUUCUUCCUGUUCAACGAGGAUUUGGAAGGAACGUUCGACUUUAUCUGGGACUCUAAGGCUAUGUGUGCUGUUGAUAUCAGAGACAGACCCAGUUACUUGAAGGUUAUCCGACGAGUGAUGGGACCAAAGUGUACAAUGAUGCUGGAGUUUCCGACGAACAUUUUCCCAGGAGCACCCUACUAUUUCAGUGAGGAACAGUUAAAAGAGCUUUACGGCGACUACUGCGACGUGAAGUAUCAGGACCAAUACGACUUCAACCCCUACAGAGCCUACCACGGGGACGUGGACGAAGACGGGAAACCGCUGAAGCAGGAAGAGGCUGUGGAAGAGGAGGAAAAGCUUGUGAUCCACUUACAGAAUUAUUGUCUGAGGAAGAGGGACUGACGUUGGUAUUUCUCUGCUAGUUCCAAACAACUCUCAUAAUCUGACAACGAUCCAGAAUAUAGUCAAUUAUAUAGAACAAUUAGUGAUAGAAACAAACAAUUCCAUUUAAAUUAAACAGAUCCCCGGUGAGCUGGGAGAUUCAGAGCCUG